CUCUCUUAAAACCUAAUCAAAUCGACCUCCAGACUUCACCGCCAAACAAUGGAGCAGUGGAAGCCUGGGCGAAUUCACAGAGAUAGAGAUGAAAGACUCUAGGCGUCAGAUCGUUGUGCUUCCUGUUGUUUUUCUCCUCGAUCAAUCUACAUUUUCUUUCUGGUUCGUUACCUUUCUCAGAUUCCCAAUCUUCUCCUCUUUCUACAAACCAUUUCAACUCAAUAAGGAAAAAAGGAUAACAAGAAAGGAAAAAGACGGGAACUCACCUACAAACACCGUACGCCGCAACUUCUGCAAGGUGAUCACGGGGAAGAGGGAGAGGACGGAACCCUAAUGGAAGGGAUCGAACUCCUAUAAAUAAAGUUGAACCCUAAGACGAACGAAUCAAUUUCUGAGAUCUAGAACACCGAUCAAAAUAAUCUCCAACAUCUCUCGAUUCUAAUUCGGAAGAAGAAGCAGAAACAACAGUAACUCCAGGUUUCUUCCCCCAUUCUGGAAGACUGCAAAAGAGUGGAGCUUACAAGACCUUCAAACAUCCCCAGACAGUUUAUAUCCACCCAAGCUCUAGUAUAGCCCAGAUAUGAAGUGUUCUUUAGUUAGUGCCCAGUUGUCUCAAUUAUGAAUUCUCUAGACAAUGAUCUUCUGAUGGAGCAGCUUAUCUAGUCAAUUAGGUACCAUUAUCUAUGUCAACCAGGGAUAAGGAAAACAUAAUGGAUCACUUGUAAUAUUGAACCUGACAUACACCAUCUCUCUAUUGAUAGAAGAAAGCUUCCUAAUAGUUUUGUUGUGAGACUCUUCAAGAGAUCCCCAUUAUUGCUACAGAAACUGUCUUCGUCGGUUGAUGCGACAAGUGAAAUUGGUGGGAAAAAUGUUGAACUCGGAAGUUACUAUUCUGAAGAGGUUUCCUACAUCCAACAAAAGCUCUCUUCUUCGAUCUCUCGUUUUGUCUGCUUCUAUUGCUGCUGCUAAAUCCGGUCUUUAUUUUUAUUCAAACAUUGACACAGACCCAACAAGACCAUCCUUAUGGAUUUCUGUUAAUAUCCCAAAGCAUGAUCAUCCAUCUUGGUGGCCAUGGAGAACUUGGGGACCAAUGUUUCUUCAGCCCUCUUUUAAUUGCCUAGGAAAUGUGCCAUUGUUUUUCUCUAGGUCUGGAGGAGAUAUUCCACCACCCGCAGAUACGAGCAAAGAAGCUAAAGGUUAUAAUGGGUGCUUCAGUAGAGAUUCAAUUGCCAAUGUUGCUGCAAUAACUGGUCCUACUGUAGUUAAUUUGUCUGUCUCACAAGAUUUACACAGAGUUACCUUGGGAAAGAGUGUUGGUUCUGGCACCAUAAUGGAUUCUGAUAGUACUAUAUUGACGUGCGCUCAUUUGGUUGUGAGUCACCAUGGCUUGUCAACCAAAGUGGGGAAGGUUGAUGUAACAUUACAAGAUGGUAGGACAUUUGAAGGAUAAUUGAUCAACGCGGACUUGCAAUAAUAUUGCAAUAGUGAAGAUUGACUCCAAAACCCUGCUUUCAUCUGCAAAACUUGGCUCUUCAAGUAACCUUCGUCCUGGAGAUUGGGUGCUUGCAAUGGGGUGUCCUCUUUCCCUUCAGAAUAUUGUUACAGCUGGUAUUAUGAGGUAUUCUUAUUAAUCUUAACCAUUGUAGUUCACCAUUUGGCUUGAUGGUACUCUUUUUGAAGAUUUGUAAAAGCAACGACUUGGUUAUUGGAGGAAUGCGGAGGGAAUACUCACAUACUGAUUGUCCUCACUUUGAUGUCCAUCGAUUAUAUAUGAUUUGAUUACAGUUUUAAAUACAGUUUUAAAGAGUUAAGAAACAUGUGUUUGAACAGGGUAAUUCAGUUGGACCUCUUGUGAGCAUUGAUGGUGAGGUUGUAGGUGUGAACAUUAUGAAAAUAAGGGCUGCUGAUGGAUUGAGCUUUUCUGUACAUUGAGUUGUGACAAUUAUUUAUUUAUUUGAUUAUGAUAUUAUUUCAUGAGAAAAUUUAUGUU